AUGAAUAUUUUCAGAUCCUUAAUUCAAUUCCUUAAAGUAAUAGAUUUACACAAAUUUGAAUAUUUAAGUAAAAGAAUGUAUUUAAAUUUUACAUUAAUAGGAUGAAAAUAUGUUUAAUAGUAAUAAACAAGAAAAAAUCUAGAAUGAUGUUGUUUAUAACUAAUAUAAGUAUAUAUUAGAACAACUGCAAAUCAAUAUAGAUACCAAAAUUAUAUGUAAUGAAGAAUAUUAUAUCAAAUAAAUCGCUAAAAAAAAAUUAUGAUUUGAGAUGGAUCAAAAAAUCAAAAACAAAAGAUUCAGAAUUAUAUAAUUGUAUUUUAUGA